AUGGCAGAGGUUCCAGCUCCUACACCUAUAGCCGAAUGGCCAGACUACAAUGUCAUGCCGACAGGCGGGGAUGUAAUGACGACGGAUCUCAAUGCACUGUACGACAAAGGAGACCUCUGCUGGCUACUUAUCACUCCCGCGAUCGGCUUCCUCUACGCCGGCAUGCACAGACGAAAGGCCGCGCUCACCAUGAUCUUCCAAUCCCUCUUCUGCGCCAGCGCAGUUGGCAUCCAGUUCUGGGUAUACGGGUACUCGCUGUACCAAUCGCACACCACAAACCCAUUCCUUGGCGAUCUGUCGAAAGCAGGCUUGCACAACGUCCUUGCUUAUCCGUCUCUGGCGAAUUCGGACAUUCCAGACAUUCUGUACGCCUGCUUUGGCUUCACUUUCGUCACAGCGACGGCGAUGAUCUUGGCUGGUGCCAUGCUCGAGCGUGGACGCAUGUGGCCUUCGAUGCUGUUCUUGCUGUGCUGGACUACGUUUGUGUACUACGUGUUGGCGUAUGCGGAAUGGAACCCGUCUGGAUGGCUGUACCAGCUUGGAGUUUAUGACUUUGCUGGUAGUGGACCAGUGCAUAUCGCUUCCGGAUUUUCAGCGCUGGCUUGGGCGGUGAUGCUCGGUCCGCGUGUAGACCCGCACAAAGAAUCGCAUCACCCGAAGAUGCCGCACUUCAAGCCCCACAACCCGUUCCUCGUCGGUCUGGGGACGAUCCUGAUUUGGUUUGGCUGGUAUGCGUUCAACGGGGCGUCCACCGCCAACAUCUCGAUUCGCUCCAUCUACGUAGUCUGCAACACCAAUCUCGCAGCAUGUGGUGGUGGCUUAGCGUGGGUACUCCUCGAAUACAUUUUCGUCUGGAAAUUCUCUAUUAUCGGCUUCUGCUCCGGCAUCAUCGCUGGUCUGGUUGGCAUCACGCCUGCCGCAGGCUUUGUUCCCAUCUACGUUGCCUCGCUUGUUGGUGCCUUGACAGCUUGCGCGUCGUUCUUCACCGUUCGUUACAAGUACCUGCUUCGCAUUGAUGAAGGUCUUGACAUCUUCGCUAUCCACGGCGUUGGCGGCUUCGUUGGCGAUAUUUUGACUGGCUUCUUUGCCGCCAACUAUGUACCAGCAAUGGACGGCGUAAGCAACAUGUAUGAAGGCGGCUGGUGGGAUCGCAAUUGGAAGCAGAUGGGUUAUCAGCUUGCUGCGGCAUGCACAUGCGCAGCCUGGUCGUUCGUCGUCUCGAUCAUCUUGCUCUUUGUCAUCAACAAGAUUCCGGGAUGCCAUAUUAGAGCGACGGAGGAUGAUGAGCUGAGGGGUCUGGAUUACAAGUACUUCCACGACGUAGAUGUGGAGGACGGUAUGAUGGUGCUCAAUGGUUUCGGCGCGACGACAACCGGGUUGACGAGGAGCGGUGUGACGAGCCCGAGAGCCGAAGGCGGUCAGGAUGGGGUAGUUGUACCUGUCAUGCCCGAGAAACGGGAUUGAAGAUGGAGCAGCUAUCAACGGGGAGCACUCCACGGCACGCUUUCCUAUUUUAACAGCCAUCCAAAGCAACUAC